AUGUCAUUUGCUGAAAAUUUUUGGUCUUAUGAUUAUAAUCUGGGGUUUCAAAUAUUAUUUAAUCAAUUAAAAGAAGGUAUUAAUGAAAAUAAUGAUUAUAUUGUGUUAUUUAAAAAAAGAAUGGAACUGGAACUUAUAUAUGGUUCAUCAUUACAAUCAAUUCAUUCAGACAUAAAACCGACUUCAAAAAGACAAUUUAAUGACGAUUAUGUUUCAACUAUCAAGAAUUCAUUCACUAAACUACAAGAUAAUUUUUCAAAACAAGGUGAUUAUCACUUAGUUAUUGCUGAGAAUAUUGAAAAUAUGGUUCUAAAACCUUUUGAAAAAUGGGUUGGUGAACAUGAAGAAAGAGUUGAUUAUUCAAUAACUACAUUAAAUUCAAAAUAUAAGAAGUUGAAAAAUGUUCAAUCACAGACUGAUAAAUUACAAAAAAAAUAUUUCAAUAAAUGUAGAUUACUCGAAGAAUUUAAAAAUCAUUAUACUGAAGAAGAAUUAAAUGAUGAAAUUAAUUUUUAUACCCCAAAUGAAACCGAGGAAGAUGAACCAGAUAGUAGUUUUGAAUUUACACAAGCUGAAUUAAAUACAAAACAAGUUGAACAAUUAAUAAAACAAAUGCUAAUGGGUAUACCUAGAAUAUCACAUAAAGUUGCCAUAUUGGGGACUUAUCAAAAUGUAUCUACUGGAAGUUCAAUAACUCAAUGGGUUCUAGAUAAUGUAACAGAAGUUGAAAAAAACCUCGAGAAAGCAGAAAAAUUUGGACAAGAUUUAAUUAAUAAUAACUUUAUCAAAAAUAUAAACCCAAUUAAUAAGACAUUUAUAAAUUCAUCACAAUUUUAUUAUCAAUGGAAACCAGAAGCGUUUACAUUAGCACAAAUAAAACUCAAUGAUCAAGAAGAAGAUAAAGCAUUCACAAAAAGUUUUGGACAAUUUAAUUUCGAUGAUGUAAAAGAAGCAAUGGGUGUAAGUAGUAUAGAUUAUAAUGAUAAAACUCAAUACCCUAAAUUAGUUAAUGAUGUUAAAUAUUUAGAUCUUCAAUAUUUCGAAAAAGUGGUUGAGUUGGAUCAAUUGAGAUGUGAAUUUGAAGAAAUUGCAAUGGAUCAUUUAACUUUUAUGCAAAAAUGUGAAUUAGAUAGAUUAAAAGCAGUUAAAAAAGUAACUUAUGAUUUUAUUGCAAGUUUUUAUACAAAUACUAAUGAAAUUCAAGAUAUUUCUCAAGAAUUAAUAUUAAUUGAAGAAACAAUUAACCCAAAGAAUGAUUUAAAAUUUUUAAUUGAAAAUUAUUCAACAGGAUAUUUUAAACCUCAAGUAACAUUAUAUGAUAAUUAUUAUGAAUCAAAUAUUAAACAAACUUUUGGAGUUGAUUUAAAUGUAAAAUCAAGAUUAGAUAAAAAAAUUGUACCAUUAGUGAUACAAUGUAUAUUAAGUUAUUUAGAUCAUGUAUACCCUGAAUUAACUGAUGAUGAAGAAAGGAUACAUUUAUGGACUCAACCAGUUCAUUUAACAAAUAUUCAUCAAUUAAGAUCACAACUUAAUAAUAUUGAUGAUGCUAAUAAAAUUAAUGAAAUAUUAUCCAAAACUAAUCCCAUAGUCAUUACAAACGUAUUAAAAUUAUAUUUAUUAGAAUUACCAGAUUCAUUAAUUCCAAGUAGUUUUUAUGAUGUUAUAAAACUUUUAUAUUUAAAUUAUAAUGAUAUAAAUCAAAAAGAUUCUCGUAUCAAUGGAUUACAAAAUGUAUUAUCAGAAUUACCAAAAUGUAAUUUAGCUACAUUAGAUGCUAUAUUAACUCAUUUAAAAAGAUUGAUUCUUAUAAUUGGAUCAAAAGAUAAAUCAUCUUCAAAAAAUUUACAACUGUUAAUUUGUCUAGAAUUUGGUAAAUUAUUACUAAGACCUAAAAUUGAACAUUUCAAUGAACACACUAACCAAAAACAACAUUUAAAUGAUAAACAUCCAGUUAAUCUUGUACAAGAUUUAAUUCAAAAUAAAGAAACUAUAUUUAAUGAAUUAAGAAGAAUAUCAUCAACAAGAUCAACUAAAAGUAAUCCAGUAAGUAGAGAUAACUCAAUAUCAUCAACUACAACUCCAACAAAACCUCCAAUAGAUAUAAAACCAACAGAAUCAUUAGCUGCAAAAUCAAGAUCAAGAUUAGAAUCAAGAUUGAAAAGUGCAGUAAAACACAAAGAUAAUCAACAACAACAUCAACAUCAACAACAACCAAAUUCACAACCACCACCACCUCAAGUCAAAGAAGAACCACCACAUGACGAAUCACCAUCUAAUGAAAAAGAAAAUAUCAAACCAAAAUCAACAUUAUCAACUCCACCACCACCAACCCCAACAAAAUCACCAAUUCAAUUAAAAAGAUCAACAUCACCAAAAAAGAAAAGAUUAAGUUCAAUGCUUUUAGAUGAUCAAGUUUCUACAGAUAGUAUAAAUUCAACCCCAUCAAAAUUAGAUCCAAGAAGAAAAUCAACUGAUUCAUUAAGAACAUAA